AUGGUUACUGCAUUGGAGAAAGAUUUAAUAGAUAUGGAAAGGCAAAAUGACAGAACGGAACAUAUCGUUAAAGCACAAACUGAGGAUGACGAUUUUGUACAAGGUGCAUUGAGAAAGAAGCAAGAAGACACAAUUGAAGAAGCUCAAAGAAAUAAACUGCUUUUACAGCAUAUCAAGAUGGGAUGUUGCAGUAAUCUUUCUGCGUAUUCCGCUGAGACUUUUGAGGCAUUGGUGUCCUCUAGAUUACAGAGUUUAUGGGCAUUAAAGCAGACAAUCAAAGGUGAGGGUGGAUUUGGAUAUAUCAUUAAUGUUCCUUUAAAGCAAAGUGGAAAUGAUGAUGAUGAAACUGACAAAUUUAGAUUAAGAACUAGUAAUUGUUUUCUGCAUGGAAUAUUUAAGGGAUUCUUGAUUGAGAUAGAGCAUAUAGAUGAAAAGGAAGAUGAAAAGGAGAGGAUCGAAGAUUUGCAUCACAAACUCACCGACUUAGAAAAGAAGAACCGGCUAAUCAUGAGAUUUACCAAGAGUAUAGGAAAGAUUAAGGAAUUGAUAGAAAUGUAUCACUUUCCCGAAGGAAACCUCUGUUUCAACGUUUUGAAUGAGACGAAACUAGACUACCUCAGUGACCUUUGCCAACAGUAUUGUGAUGCAUUGCAGUUCUAA